AUGCCACAGAGAUAUGAAAUCGUUCAAGAUGCUGAAAUGACCAAACCUUAUUUAACCCCCUUAAAUCAAGAAGAGAGUGAUCCUGAAAAACAUGCAUUCAUUUCAGACACUAUAAAAGAUACUUCAUACGCCUCUUCUUUUUCACUAAUGCACAGAAUAUUUUACUCAAAAUAUUUAAAUGAGAUAGCUGCUCAGCACUCACCUUCAGCUAUAGCGCAACAUCGAGAAAGUGCCCAAAAGAUCGGCUGGAUUCAUUCAAGGCUGUCCCCGCCAGCUGAAAUCAAGACCUUGCAAGAUAUCAAACACUUGAUCUUUAACCAUGAAUUCUACAGACUUCUUAUGGUUCUUGCCUGGCUACUUUUGGGAGGAUUGAUUGAAAUAUUUUUAGCUCAACUAGGCGAUAUGAGAUACUUUGCAAUGCCAGCAACAAGCAAGCAUCCUCUGAUUGAUCUACUACACGACGUGUUUCCAAGAGUCGAAAACUUCCAAAUAGUAAACUACCUACUGACAUGCUGUGUUGCUUACACCGUCAUUGGAUUUGCUAUUCAAUCACCUGACUGGAGCACUCGUUUUACACUCAUUCGAAGAUAUACUUUUAUCCUUGGAUGUCUCUAUAUUUUUAGAGGCAUUACACUUCUCGUAACCACACUACCCUCUUCCUUGGUCGAUGAAUGUAAACCACCAGAGACGGAAAUAACGGGUUCUGUCGGAGAACGAUUUGGAUUUAUUUAUAAAGUCGUAGCUGGAUCAGCGUUCGGUUGCACGGAUAACAUCUUUUCUGGUCACACAUCAGUCAUGAUGUCGUGCGUCCUUCUGUGGCGUGCUCACUCCAGACUUAGACGACCUUUCAGUUGGUUACUGUAUCUUAUCGCUUUCACUGGUAUGCUUAUGAUUAUCGUUUCAAGAUUUCACUAUACUAUUGAUGUCCUUCUUGCUAUCUUCAUCACUUAUACCACUUGGAAUAUCUAUUUACAAUACAUAAGAGAAGCAUCAACUCGUUAUAUAUUUGGUUUCACAAAGCAUGCAGCAUUUGAUGUCUUUAAUACAAUGAUGGUAGAUGGAGCACAAACUUAUCAAUAUCUUGCAUGGCAACCUCAUGCAUUGGGACAAGAUUGGCUCAUGCACCUGUGUAUGUACGUCGAUGGUCUGGACAUCAAGUUACGUACGAUAGGAGUACUGGAUGAACAAGGCGAAUGGCGUCCAAUGAUGAACCAACCAAGUUUGACCAAAUCUAUUGUUUAA